AUGAAGGAACUAGACAUCGCAAUUAUAGGGGCGGGGUGGCAUGGGCUUGCCAUGGCAAAGACAUAUCUUGAAGUGUGUCCGGAUGCAAACUUGGCAAUCUUUGACGAGGCAGCCUCUGUUGGCGGUACCUGGGCAAAGGAAAGACUGUACCCGGGACUGAAGACGAACAACCUCCUUGGAACCUAUGAGUUCUCAGACUUUCCCAUGACGCCAGAUCGGUUUGAUGUCAAGGAGGGAAACCACAUUCCCGGUCACGCUGUCCACGAUUACCUCAUACAGUUUGCCGACCACUUCCAUCUCUUGUCGCGUCUGCAGAUGAGACAAAAGGUAGAGACGGCAGAGCUCUUGGAAGAUGGCUCUUGGUCUUUGAACAUUAUGACUGCCGGCGCCACAGACGGCAAGCCGAGGACCAUCGUUGCGAAAAAGCUUGUCGUGGCGACUGGGCUAACCUCCAAGCCUUUUAUGCCCACAUUUGAGGGACAAAAAGAUUUCAACAGACCAUUGUUCCACGCUAAGGAUCUCAGGAGUCGCGCCGGCGAGGUCGAGCAAGCUCAAAGCGUUGUCGUCCUUGGCGGCAAUAAGUCGGCAUGGGACACGUGCUUUUUGGCGGCCAAGACGGGGACGCAUGUCCACAUGGUUAUGCGACCUGGAGGAGGCGGACCGAGCUGGGUCUGGCCCGUGUUGUUCUCGCCCUUCAAGGUUUCGAUCCAGCGACUGGCCGCCACCCGCUUCUUCACCUGGUUCGACCCUUGCAUCUGGAGCGAGUCUGGAGGGUCGGUGGGUUGGCUCCGCCGCGCACUCCACGGCACUCGUGCCGGACGAGCGGUUGUCUCGAGAUUCUGGAACGCUCUGCAAGGAUAUGCGCAGAGAGCUCACUGUUACGACAACCACCCUGAGACGCAGAGGCUGAAGCCCUGGGUGAACCCAUUCUGGAUGGGCAACUCGCUGAGCAUCCACAACUAUACCUCUCCGUGGUUUGACUUGGUCCGCGAGGGUAAAAUCACUGUACACAUUGCCGACGUCACUUCAUUGUCUGACGGUGUCGUUCACCUCUCCAACAAUGAGGAGUUACACGUAGACGCCUUUGUAUGUUGCACCGGCUGGGCGACCGAGCCUCCUAUCCGUUUUCUCCCAGAAGGUCUGAAGCCGGCCCUAGGUCUACAGAGGGGCAAUACCACCAACGAACAACAAAUGACGGAGAAGGCACGGACGGAGAUCUUUGGACGCUUCCCUGCUGUACAAGCUUCUCCACGUCGGUGCCUGCCGCCCGGAACAGCAGUACCCAACAGCAAAGCAACCACGACUUCUCCCAAGGCUCCUUCUCCCAGCUACCGGCUCUACCGUUUUCUCGUGCCUUCAGGUGAGAAGUUCCUGAGGCAGCGUAACGUUGCCUUUAUCGGCUCGCACCUCGCACUCAAUGCCACAAUGAUUGCGCAACUGCAGGCUCUGUGGGUGACUGCCUUUUUUCAAGAUGAGCUGCCUCAUCUGACUACGGAUUCUGUGGACUAUGAUCAAGUGAAGUACGAAGCCAUUCUGCACAACGAGUACUCAGCGAUCAGACACCCACAUGAGGCUGGCGGUGCCGGUUCAAGAUGCCCCGACCUUGCUUUUGACUGCCUGUCCUAUAUGGACCUACUUGGUAGUGAUUUAGGGCUUCCAAGGUACAGGAAGUAUGCCCGGACUGGGAUAUGGUCGGAAAUGUUUCAUCGAUAUGGCCCGAACGACUUCAAAGACAUGGUGCAGGAAUGGUUGAACAAAAAGCGUCAGACUUCAAUGCAUCGUCAUUAA